AACAGUUUGUUAACCGACACAAAGUGUCAUUGCACGUCAAUGGUGCCUUCUCUGUCUCGAGAACGACUGCCCACCGAUAUAUCAAGUCCUUCGAUACAAUCAGUCAUGACAUCCGAUUCAACUCUGGAUGACGCUUUCCAGCUGUACGGCCUUCGGGUUGAAGUUGUUUGCCCGCCUGGACAAAGGAUCAUGUGCGGGGCCAAAGAAGGUGACUAUUUUACCCUUCAGGGCGAGAUGCUCUACCUACCGCCAGGCCAAGGUAUCAGUAUUUACAGUUUGUCAUCUGUGUUGCCACUUCUGCCCGCAAAGCAACGGGUCACUUCCAGAAAUGACUGGAUGUCGACCGAUGCGUUGAUCGCUUGUCCGGAUCCUUGUUGCCCUUCUCAACUGAAGAUAAUCCGAGAGGGGAUUAGGACUUUUCGCCAUUCAGAGACAACAGCAGUACCUCUGAGCUCUGCCAAUACAUAGAUAGUAGUGCAGAAUGGCCCCAAAAUCUUGUAUAUAACUCCUGAUGAUACUCAAGCGAAGAACACUCCGUCUUGGGCAUUGAAGCCGGCUUCAGCCAUGAUACCAGCCCAUGUCUCAUCCUCUGCAAAACCCAAAGUCUGCCCUCCUUCCAUAUAGCUGUAAAUGUGGCCUGGAGCUGCUGCGGCAUCGCCCGUCAAGAACUCAUGCCUGUUUGCUCCAGGCCGGCUCUGAGGUUCGGAAGGAUUGCUUUCUUUGUUCACCGCCUCCUUGUCGAUGUGCUUGGAUAUUCUAGCCAGCAUGUUGUUGAGAAACCUGGACUGCAGCGCGCAGCUUGAGCCUGACGGCGCAGCCUGCUGGGAGAACACUAGCGCUGCGCCUGAGAUUGCGCUGUGAACGUCGACUUCAAUUUGGCGAGAUAUUGGGUCUGAAG